UCCCCAGUUUCAAAAGCAAAGCAUCAAUCUUGGGUCCUCUGAGCUUCUCUGCGAUUCAGCUACAAUCACCCAAACAGCUACUUGAGUACCCAUUUUGAAUCGGAACAAGUUGGUAUUGAUUUUGGGUAGUGACAUUUUCGGACUUAAAUAGCCGGGUUUUAGGAUGGCGUUGGUUGUGAUUUGCGGGCAGCCCUGCAGUGGGAAGUCAAUGGCUGCCGCCUGCCUAGCUGAGGCUCUGAAAGAAUCAGGGUCGAAUCAUACAGUCAGGGUUAUUGAUGAAACUUUGUUUCAUCUUGACCGUAAUCAGAGCUAUGCUAAUAUGCCUGCGGAGAAGAACUUAAGAGGGGUGCUGAGAUCUGAAGUUGAUAGAUCGGUGUCAAGAGACAGUAUCAUUAUAGUAGAUUCUUUGAAUAGCAUCAAGGGGUAUAGGUAUGAGCUGUGGUGUUUGGCUCGUGCUGCGGGAAUAAGGUAUUGUGUGGUAUAUUGUGAUGCUGGUGAAACCCAUUGUAGAAAGUGGAAUGAGGAGCGUAGGGAGAAGGGAGAAGAUGCAUACAAUGAUAAGAUUUUUGAAGAUUUGGUAAGAAGGUUUGAGACACCAGAUAGAAGAAAUCGGUGGGAUUCUCCUUUGUUUGAGUUAUGGCCACAUAGAGAAGGUAUAGUAGGAUCUUCAGCUGCUAUUCUAGAUGCGAUUCUGUAUCUAACUAAGAAGGUGGACUCAAAGACGCGGGAUGUGAAAACUUUACAGCCAACUAUUGCAACACAGAACACACGGUUUUCUGAGGCGAACUCUCUGUAUGAGUUGGACCGAGCAACACAAGAGGUGUCCAAUGCUAUUGUGGAAGCACAAUCACAGGCACUUGGAGGGCCUUUAAAUGGAGUUUCGGUUGGUCAGGGGCUACCACCUAUCAAUAUUUCUAGACCAGUAGGGCUUCCAGAGCUACGAAGCUUGAGGCGAACUUUCAUAAAAUUGACAGGGCAAACGAGUUUAAGUGGGCGACCGCCACCUUCUGAUGCAGACAGCGCAAAGAGGAUGUUUGUUGAUUACUUGAACAGGGAAUUGGCAAAUGCUUGAGUGAGGAAAAUAAGGUCACUGCUACCUUCAGUUUUUGAUACCACUCUGGGUUGCGCCAGAUUCUUGCUCUGAUAAAACUCCUGCAUCGAUGGGAAUUGCUGCCUUGUUCUGCCUUGCAUCUAUACUAAGAAGGGCUGUUGCUCAUCACUGUACUACCAUUCUUACAUGUAUUAUUAAAAACUUUUUUCUUACUCAGUUUUCCUUGUUUCUUACUUUACAAUUGAUGGCAUGGCCUUGAAUUUUGAAUUCUUCUGAACUAUAUUCCCAACAUGAACAGAUAGAGUU